GGGUAUGAAACGAAGGGCAAGAUACGAGACAUACUUGUCGGAACGUUUACGUUGAGAGGUAAACAAUUUCUAAAUGGGGCGCUUGUAAUAUCAUGUAGGGCCCCGUUUUGGUAGUUCCUCAACACACACCGUUUACCUUCAGACCCCCAUGUAGCACCCGUAUCCGCAUUCUGGGAUGGCUUCAUCCAUACCUACGAUAGAACAUCUUCCUCUUACAACGCAAUCUAAGCUACGCUCGGCCCAAAUUCUGACCACACUGAGCCAAAUUGUCUCUGAGCUUGUGCAAAAUUCUCUGGACGCUAAUGCACGUCACAUCGAUAUUGGAGUCAAUUGUGAGGAAUGGGAAUGCUGGGUUCGAGAUGAUGGAAUAGGUAUUAGUCGCGAUGGCUUGACGUCUUUAAGCAGCGGUCUGGAGGAACGGCGAUACAGCACAUCUAAGGCAUAUACGGCUGCCUCGUUAGAUUUUGUCUCAACAUUUGGUUUUCGUGGGGAAGCUCUAGCCUCUGCAGCAGUUGUAUCUUGUUUGGAAAUUUCUUCGCGUACAUCAUUAUCUAGACAAAGCUGGUCUAUAAUCCUCAAGGGUAAUGACAACCUCUAUAAUGGUCCCUCUCUGCGUUGGCGUAGGGAAUCACCAGGAACUGUUGUUUGCAUACGCGACGCAUUCUUUAAUCUACCUAUUCGCCGCCUUUCUCAUCCGUCUUCGCAGCGUACUUUGGAACUCAUUCGUCGGGACAUUGAAGCUUAUGCUUUGGUCUUCCCCAAGGUGUCAUUCACUAUGGAGAACACCCAUAAAUCAAACAAUCUUCGCUCAGAUCGUGCCAGAAUACUGGCUAUUCCAAAGACAACGACCACGUUGAAUGCUUUUCGACAUAUCUACGGUCGUGCUCUGACAGAGCACGUUGAGGAGAUCGCCGAGACAAAAGGCGAAGUAAAGGUAGAGGGCUUUAUCAGCCUUGAUGGCGGGAGUUCGAAGGCACAUCAAUUUCUUUACCUCAAUAGGCAUCCGUUAUCGGCUUCCGACCUCCAUAGAGUAAUCGAACAAAAGUUUGCAUCAAGUUCCUUCGCGAAAAAUGCUCUCGAUGAAUAUGGAGAUGCUUAUCCGUCAGCUCUUCUUCAUUCUCCACGCAAAACGGAGAAGAAACCAAUCUAUGUCCUGAAUAUCACUGUUCCUCCGAGUCAAGUCGACAAUUGCCUUGAACCUGCAAAAUCCGCUGUCUAUCUAGGGAAUGGAGAAUUUAUAGCCAACUUCUUGGGUUCAGUCGUGCAAUCAUUCCUUGUUCGACAUGGUUUCGCUGCGCAUCCAACAAAGCCCGCCAAGAUGAGGGAUUCGGUCCCAUCAUCUCCUCGUAAGAGGAGGAAGAUAGAUAUCAUGGAAUCUCCACAACGCCCACCUCUUCAAGUGCGUGCAAGUGUCAGCAGCGCUAGACCUGAAACACCUCUAAUCGUGCGCGAAGACAUGUCAGAAGGGGAAGAUGACAAACUCAUAUGGACUGAUCCUCACACUGGCAGUAAAUUCGUCGUUGACAAACGUACGGGUAAUUCAUACCCAUUCAAGCAACCAUCACCUCAGGAUGACCAUCACGAAGACGAUAUACCCAAGGCCUCUCGGAUGAGAAGAACUCUGCAGACAUCUGACACUUCUUUCGAUACCCCGGAUUGGAUACGCAAAGCCCUUAGUACAAACCAAGCAUAUGCACUGAUAGAAUCAAGGAUACCGUCACUUUCACUUUCAUCUUCGUUUGCAGACCAAGCACGGCGGGAUCCUUGUCACGCCUGUAAGGACGGUUUGACGUCCAGCCAGGUUCUCAGCAGCUCUCAAUCUAUAAGAUUCGACAAGGCGGACCUUCGGAAGGCACAGGUUCUCGGUCAGGUGGAUCAGAAAUUCAUUGCAUGUGUUGUAGACAUCGAUCAAGAAGGAGAGGACGACGAGCAGGUUGCGGAGAACGCGCGACGCACGCUGUUAUUGAUCGACCAGCAUGCUGCAGAUGAGCGUGUUCGGGUGGAAAGAUUCUUGAGCGAACUUUGCUCUGGCUUCCUUCACCUUGGAUUUUCAGAUGCGGAGAACCCUGGCGUGAAGCAGAGGCGACUCAUGCCGCCUGUCCCCGUGCUACUCACGACUCGAGAUGUCGAAUGCAUUACUAUAUCCUCGGAUAUUCAAGAUACGAUGCGACGAUGGGGUUUCACGUUCUCUGCACUUGGUCAAGACCAUACGGCAGUAAGUGGUGCUGCGAUCGGGGAAUCCAGGGAUGAGGUCGCAAGCGGGUAUGGACAGGUCUUGGUAGAUGGUGUGCCCAACCUCUUGGGUAAGAAGCUAUUGCAGGGAGACGAACUGCGAGACGUAAUCAAGGGAUUCGUGACGCAUUUCGAGUCGUGCGGUGAUGCGGAUAGCUUUGUUCGUCCAACUCAAGCAUCCAGCUCAGGAACGCCAUCGUGGCAAAUCGCUAUGCGUUGGUGUCCCAAGGAACUGCUCGAACUUGUGAAUUCGAAAGCAUGUCGAGGUGCCAUCAUGUUCAACGACACUUUGACCAUCGAGCAAUGCGAACACCUGAUACUACAGCUGUCGGAAUGCGCGUUACCAUUUCAAUGCGCCCAUGGAAGGUACGAUUUGCUUCACCAAUCGUACGCACUGUACAGCUCACACAUUCGUAGGCCGUCACUUGCACCUCUUACAAGUCUGAGUACGUCAAAUGUGACACACAGAUCGAGACAUCUGAACGACGUCAAUUGGUCGCAAUAUUAAUGAUCAUUAACGUAUUAUAACUUGGAUCUGAAAAUGCUUUGUUCCCUAUGACCAAAAAUUUCGGUGGGUUGCUUAGAAGUGUAGUAACCCUUGGGUAAAGCCGCGAGGAAGUGGCGCACUCAGCGCAGCCCACAUUCAACAUGUCUUCCACGCCUUCAGACCUAUGCUGUGUCACAACGUCAGUGGGGCCAGCGAAUUUUCUUUUUUUGGCUGAGUGUUUUCAUCGACGGCCAUGAUGACCCACGCUGUCGUAAACUCAAGAGAUGCCUCUGGAAGCUACUCAGAAAGGGACUCCACAUCUGGUGAAAAUCAUCUGUUCUACUUUAGUAUGGAUAACCGUCACAAGCGC